AUGCUGAUGAUCGACUUGGAGAAUAAUUUCUAUUCGGCAACGUCGCUGUACGCGGUGAUUCUGCAGAUUUUAGUGAUGAUGCUGGACCGUUUCUUCUACAUCAAAGGCCAUUUGCUUGGCAAAGUCGUAUUCCACAUCAUCUAUUCGAUUCUAAUCAUGAUUUACUUAUUCAUCGGAAUCCCCUACACAACAAACACUUCUUUUGGAAGUAAAGACAGUGUGGUGUUCUUUACGAUUCUCCAAAUGCUUUACAUCAUUCUCUCCUCUCUUCAAAUCAGUCACGGUUAUCCCACUUCCGACAAUUUCAUCAACAACAUCAUCAACAAAAACUAUUCCAUCUUCAACCGCGUUCUUUUCUACGUUUCCCUUUUCAUUCUCUUUGAUUUCAGUGCUAUCGAUACAUCCCCUUCCUCUUCGAAAUCCACCAAAUUCUCGACUGGGCCAUCAGCAACACUUCGCUCAACCUGA